AUGGAGGACGCCGCCUCGGAGAUCAGCGACUGGGAGGUGCUCUCUGCCACCUCCGCCUGCGGGGGUGGCGGCGACGACGAUGAGGUAUUAAUCGUCUCCGGCGGGGGCGGCGACGUCGUCCUCGACCACUUCGCCCUCACCCCCGACCCCGCAGCCGCCUGCCCCGGCGACGGCGAGGGCUCGCGGCCGGUCCCCGGGGGCGUCUGGCAAGGGUUAGAAUUAUUGGAUGGGUUCGAUCCGAUUCCGGAAUCAAGUUUCAGCCUCGCAGCUGGUGUUAGGACCCAGCAGCCGCCGAUAGGCGGCGUCGAUAACGCCCGCGAAGAAGUCUCGAUUCUUCAAGCCACCCUGGCGCGCGGUGCGACCCGUAGCGCAGACGGGAAUCAAGCGGAGGAGGUGGUAGACGGCGAGAUUGAUCAGGAGAGUAAUUCCGCGAUUAGUCUCGGUGAAUUGUGCCCGGUGCUGCAGCCGGCGCAUCAUGGCGUGGGAGAAACUCUGGAUUCUGAUGCAGCUACACCUACAGGUGCCUUGCUCCAAAGUGAGGUAUCGGAGAGUCCCCUUGUGCAAUGGGAUGAUGGAGGAAUUGGUGCGGGUGUAGAAAGCUCAUGCCUUGAGGAUGCUGUGUCAAGUGAUGGGAUUCAUGGUGAACAGCAGGAGCAGGAGCAAGGGAGCAACGCUAAUGCUGCCACUGGUUGCGAUGAACCAGAUGGAGAGACCAAGGAUGGUGCUUUGCCGCUGGCUCACACGCCAGGUACUGAAGAGGGAGAGAAGCAAUUUGUUGUCUGGUGGAGGCUGCCGCUCAGGCUGCUGCACUACUGUGCCUGGAAGGUGAAGCCGGUGUGGUCCUUCUCCAUCGCCGCUGCAUUUCUCGGCCUGGUUGUGCUGGGGAGGAGGAUGUACAGGAUGAAGCGCAAGGCAAAGGGCUUGCCUCAGAUUAAGAUUGCGUUUGAUGAUAAGAGGGCCUCCCAGUUUGCUGAUCGCGCGGCACGUCUCAACGAAGCCUUCCUGGUAGCGAGACGUGUUCCUAUGCUAAGAACAUCAUCUGGUGCUACGCUUCCAUGGUCAAUGGUUCAGGACAGAUGA